AUGGCUGAAUUGCAGGUGGCUCCUUACAUGUGGAUCCUAGUCCUCUUCUUUCUCAGCCUGCUUCAACCCACCGAAGCGGUCCGAAAUGCCUUGGAUGGACCCACCCUGGAGGGGCAGCCGGUGCAGCCAACGGUGCAGCCAACGCAGCCGCCAAACCAAACAGAGGAAUGGCGCCCGAGCACAGUGACUGAAGUGGGCAAGUGUUCCAUCAAGCUGGGCGACCACUUCGAUGCCGCAUCCAGCAUACUCUUGCCCUUAGACCUGGCCUGGCUUUCGGGCUCUGCGUUGAUCGCCUUGGCCCUGAUCCUCUGGACACCUGAUGGCCUCUCCACCAGAGCAGUGGGUGCCCACAGUGGAGAGGCGCCGAUGGACGAGGAAGGCGCAGAUGAAGGCGAAGGUGGAGAGGAUUCAAGGUCACCGGACUCCAAAGAUGCACCUGAAAGCACCUCAGGUGCGGAAACAGUUCAACGCCCGAAGCUCGAAGCCAUCGGUUGGCAUCGGGUGGCCUUUGACUCGAUCACCAGCCAUGCUGCGGGAAUCGUCGGCUUCAUUGGCUUUCAAAAGAUUGUCGUGUCGAGGAUUGUGGCGCUGAGCGAUGCAUGUGAUUUGUGGUCCAUAGAGAACAUUUUGCUCUACACCACUCUGGCGCUGUCCGUGGUUGCAGUUUUUGCCAGCUUCGUGUUCCUGGGCGUGGACUAUGCGCGGCGCUUGGCGAUCUAUGCGGCCCAGCGGAAGGGCUAUCAGCUCACGAUGGAGCCAAAGGACUUGAAAGACACAGGCCUUGGCAUUGCCAUCCUCCUCCUUGGUUUGCUGAUGCUGCUCCUCUAUGGAUGUGUGAUCGUCAAAGAAGCGGAAAACUCGGAUGCGAAGCAGCAGGAGAUAGUCAUCGACAAGCUUUGGGUGGCCGUGGAUAUUGCCGCGGGAGGCAUCGCAUUGGCCCUGUUCUAUUUCAACCUCCGUGGCCUGCACCGUUCGCCCAAGAUGCAGUUUGAUGCAGCAUGCCAUGGAGAACACAAGUUGACUCUGGAGGAGUUCUUGGAAGAGGAAUCCGGAAGAGGCAUGGAAACCAAUGUGUUUGGUGAUGGUGGUUCCUUGGCGAACUUCCUUCAAUGGCUUGCAGGAGAAGAUUUGGUCUUGCUGGCCUUCAAGGGCACUCGCCACGCCAUUUUUCCACAACAACGUCGUGGCCCUUUAGUGCACGUGGUUUGUGGUGUCCUGGCGAUUGGCGCCUUUCCACUCCUGGUGCAGCUGGGCGCCGAGCGCUUCUUCGGCUAUCCCGACCUGGUGGAGUUGAAAAGCACCACUGGCACCAUCGCAGAGAUCGAACUCGAUGGAGAGAUGAAGGGAGACAGUUGGUCACUUCGGACUUUGCAGACUUUGGUGAACCCCAAGCCACGGCCCAAGAAGUUUGUCUUCCUCGACGAUGAAAUGACCGCAAAACUCCAGGUGAGGACGACUUUCCGAAAGACCUCGAUGAUCCAGCUUUGCUGCGGCGGCAUUCCCUGCAGCAGAGGGAAAUUGAAACAUCGCUUGAUCAAGUUUUUCGACCAGCCGGUGGAUCUGGAUGUCCCGCCUGACGUGCCUAUUCGUUGCACCCUCACCUUGCAAGGCUUCAGUACCCGUGCAGUGACCGAGAUACCCGUGGAGCUCAAGCCAAAGCGAGAGCAUCACUUGUGUGACUGCAUGCGGGAGGGCUGCCAGUGCUGCGAUGGAUACAGCGGAUCAUUAAGCUUUCAAUUCGUGAGGUCGCGGAAUAUGCAGAUUUCGUCAAAGCACUACCGGAGCUUGAGCAAACUUUGUUCUGUCGUGCCCUGCGCCGUCCCAAACUCCAAUCGGAAGAAUGGGACCGAAUGUGCAUGUGAACCUGGCUAUACAGGCAACAUCACUUGGAAUGGUUCAGUUCCAGAAGGGGCUUGUGACCCCGCUCCUUGCGGUGUCAAGAAUGCCACCUUGCAAGCUGACAAAUGCAUUUGUGAUGAUGGUUUUGACGGCAAGGUCGAGUGGGGAGGUGGCAAGUGGAUUGGAGUAUGCCAAGCAGUGACUGAGUGUAACAUUUUCAACUCCAAUGGACGCCCAGGGAAGGAGUGUAAGUGCAGGGAUGGCUUCCGUGGCAGUGUUGACUGGCAUGGUCCCCAUGCAAGCGGUAAUUGCACAGAAGCCGCUUGCAACAUUCCCAAUGCUAAGGGCACUGGACCCCAAUGCGAAUGUGAGAACGGCUUUGCCGGAAAGAUCGUAUGGAAGGGUGAUAGUGCUGAUGGAAUGUGCACGCCUGCACCUUGUCAAGUUCCCAACUCCAACAUGAAGCCGGGUUCGCAGUGCAAGUGCUUAGAGUGGUACACGGGCAAGAUCCAUUGGCAAGGAGCAGUUGCUGACGGAAGAUGCAGCCCAAGGAAAUGUGUGGGCAAGCACCUGAACGGUAAGGAUGGACCAGAUUGCGCUUGUGCAGAUGGGUACAGUGGAACUGUACGACCAGCCAAGAUCAGAAACAGAGCCUUCUACACUGAAGCCGUCGAAGCUAUGUGUGAAGCUGCGCCUUGCCACAUCCAGCACUCCAACGGAGAACCAGGUCCUGCUUGCCGAUGUGCUGAAGGUUUUAAUGGAAGCAUCGUGUGGAAUGGGUCCACACCAAGCGGCAGGUGUGAAGCUUUGCCUUGCAACAUCGAGAACUCCAACAUGAUACCAGGUCCUAAGUGCCACUGCCUCUAUGGUUUUGAAGGCACAAUUACUUGGAAGGGAUCCAAGGCAAUUGGACCAUGCAAGCCUUGGCCUUGUGAAGGAGAUGGUGUCAAUGGUGAGCCUGGCCCCAACUGCAGCUGCAGAGCUGGUUUCAAUGGAACAACGCGAGCAACAACAAAGGAGGAAUUGCGAGAGGUGGCUGAUGACACUUCGUGGUACGGUGGUGGCACUACAUGGAAGAAAGUGGCACGUGAUGUGUUUCAAGGAGAGUGUCACCCCAUACCAUGCGACAUCCAAAAUUCCAACAAAGAAGCUGGCCCGAACUGUAGCUGCCGACAUGGCUUCAGUGGAAGCAUUGUCUGGAAUGGAUCGGCUCCAACCGGCAGUUGCGAAAUUGCUGCUUGCAACAUAUCAAAUUCCAAUAUGAAACCAGGGCCGGAGUGUAAAUGCAAGGAUGGCUUUACUGGCACGAUCCAUUGGCAUGGUGCAGAAGCAUAUGGAAGUUGCACCGCGAUCCCCUGUUUGGGCAGCAAUGUCAACCAUCAGGAUGGGCCAGACUGCGGGUGCGCAGACGGUUUCAAUGGCACCGUGCUAAUAGAGGAAGUGCUCCGUGAGGAUGGCGAGGUCCUUAACUCAUUUGGAUUCUACAAAAAAGCAUGGAGAAUGGAUUAUGAAUACCAUGGAGUUUGUAGACCCGCACUGUGCAAUAUCGAACAUUCCAACCAAGUGGCGGGCCUAGGUUGCCAUUGCCAGGAUGGAUAUAAUGGUAAGAUCACUUGGAAGGGCAACACUUCCCAAGGGUUGUGCAAACCUGCUCCUUGCAACGUUGGCAAUUCCAACCGGAAGGCUGGCCCAGUUUGUGACUGCUUGGAAGGAUAUAGCGGCACCAUUUCCUGGACUGGUUCACAGCAUUCAGGAGCAUGCAGAGAGAUGCCAUGUGUUGGCGAACAUGUGAAUGGAGUCAGUGGGCCUGGCUGCAGGUGCAAAGAUGGCUAUGCAGGAACGGUCAAUGCAGAAGUCAAUCGAAACGACACUUCCCUGAUCUCAGUCUUGCAUGGAAACUGUACGCGCGCGCCUUGCAAUGUGAGCAACUCCAACCAUCUUCCAGGCACAUUGUGCCAAUGCCUCCCGGGCUACAUUGGUUCCAUCACGUGGAAUGGAUCGGUGGCAGGGGGCAGGUGCAUGCCUGCGCCAUGUAGAAUUCCACAUUCCAACCAGAAGAAAGGUCUCGCAUGCCGCUGCUUGGAUGGCUACAGUGGAGCUAUCUCCUGGCAGGCUUGGACACCAUCAGGGACUUGUGUAGCGGCACCAUGCCGAAUUCAACAUUCAGACUAUGCGGCAGGUCCUGAUUGCAGAUGCUUGCCUGGAUUUUCUGGCCAGAUCACAUGGACAGAAGAUAGCCCACAAGGAGAAUGCCUUCCCCUGCCAGUAUGUUCCAGAGAUGUGGUGCAUACGGCUUGGUUGAGGACCCAGCUGCAGGAUUCGCAAGGACAUACUUGUGAAGCUGGACAGCAGCUAGUGUUCCACGGGCACGAGUGUGCAGAUGGAGAUGGAAAGAUCCAGUGGAUGGUGGUAGAGUCUCAGCCAGUCGGAAGGUGCAAAUGGGACCUGUCAGAGGAAGAAGGAUCAACCUGUGGGCGCUUUUUCUUCCAUUCAUCCAAAGAAAACGUGAUGCAGCUCUUCUCAAAAGUUGUCCCGCCACCACCUAUGGAGUGCUCUCGGCAAGCAGCCCGACCUAGAUGUGACUCACAAAUCUUCUAUACCACGACCACCCGCAAGGCAUUGGAUUACAGUUGCAGUGAAGAUGUGGGCCACAUAUUGCCGGCGUCUCCUCAGCUUGUUGAGUUUCAAGGUGAGUUGUGCGGUUAUGACCUCAUCCAAUGGAAAUCCAUGAAGACGCUCUUGAAUCCAGAGAGUUCAACUAUUCCGCGAUAUGCGGGCAGUUGUGCGAUCAAGCCCCGUCAUCGUGGCUCAUCUUGUGGUGAGAUUCCUCAUGGUGAGCAUCUACCACAUGGGUGCUUACAUUUGUGGGAACCUGCAGUUUUCGAGUUGAGCCCAACUUGGAGGCCGCUGCACAAAGGUUCGAGCUACUCCCUAAAGUCCUUUGACCGCUACUCACUGAAGUUUUUCGACAACGGCAUGGCCUAUGCAUGUGGCAAUGCAAAACACAGUUGGUCAAUUAAUUGCCACUGGAUGACUGGCCCGCUUACAGAUGAAUGGCACCUCCAUUUUCAGAUGCCAGCAGCGUAUGAACAUGGGAUGGAGUUUGCCUUUCAGCGCGCAGAUGACGACGAACGCUCCGGUGAGAUGGGAGCUAGAUUCCAAGGACUAGGGAGAACCACAAAUCUCAAGCUCAUAUCGCAUGAUCCCUUACCCUCUUGGUGGGAUGCGGCCCACAAUGGGGCCAGGUCUCAUGACGGCAAUGUCGAGGCAUUGCUGUGGCAAUGCAAACUUUUCCAUUAUCAGAAUGGCAUUUGCUACCAAGCCACUGUUGGCGUGGGGGUGUGGGUGUUGGAAACCUCGGAGAGCACCUGCCGUGACUUGUUGGACGAUGUCAGUCAGGUUGUCGGAGGCAAGAGCUACUACACAUAUUCGCGAUCUGCACGUGGAAGUCAAAUCUAUGUGAACACAGAGGAGUGCCUGCCACUUGCAACCCGCUAUGAGCUGCAGGUGGAAGUUGUAUCCCUUUAUAGUGAUGUAGGGCCGGUUGUCAUGGAGGUUGCGAGUGCGGACACCCGCUGCCGCAAAACCCUUCGUUUUGUGGCGAGAGCUGAAGAUCUGAGCAGGUGCAAGCAUGCUCAGGAAGAAGACGAGAAUUUCCGUCGAAUCAAGAGCAUGUUCGACGUCACCGCAGACGAUGAUGAGGAGGAAGAUGUGAAGCAAAGCGAGGUCCAGUUCUCACCCUUCGAUUUUGGAGGAGUUUUGCAAGACCGCAGCUUGACCAAGGUCCUCGUCCUGCUGCUCAGAGCAACAUUUGCGAUCCGAGCAGCUGACGAGACGCGCGACUUACACCCACGUUACCAUGUGCCCAAUGUGACCGCUGAUGUGGCAAGCGGUGUUGGCGAGGAGGAGUCGCAGCGCAUUGCAAAUGGAUGGUGGCACCAGCUACUGGUUCAUCCGUUGAGGCCAAUUUGUGUGGCUUGGCUGUGCAUCUCCGUCGUGGUCGCCUUCAUUUUGCUACUUUGGAGGCCUUCCGCCCUCACAGCCGAGCCAGAAGCCAUUGGCAGUCCGCACCCGGAGACUGCGGACGCCCCGGAGGUCACGCAGAACGCAGGUGACUCGAAGACCUCCAAGCCAGAAGCGAUCAGUUGGCCUCGUGUGGCCUUUGACUCCAUCACCAGCUCGUUGGCCGGACGUAUGGUGGGCUUCGUGGGCUUUCAGAAGAUUGUUGUCGCUCGAGUUGUUGCUUUGAGUGACGCUUGGUACACUCAGCCUGAGGAUACUUGCGACUUGUUGAGUUUGGAGAACAUUUUGCUGUACAUCACCGUCGCGCUCUCUGUGACUGCUGUUGUCGCCAUCAUCAUGUUCUUGGCAGUGGACUACUUGCGGCGUUUGGCGAUCCACGCAGCUCAGCGGAAGGGCUACCGGCUCACCAUGGAGCCCAAGGAGCUGAGACAGACAGGCUUGGUAUCCGGACAGGAGGAUGAAGCUUGUGGGAAGCUGGAGGGUGAGGAACUGCAAUCAACAUCGGGCUUUCAUGCUCUAAUGGAUAGCAAGAACAGAAUGAACUUGCAUGUGUAUGAGCUGUUGGUCAAAUUCUCGCAGCUGCAGGAUGCAGGAGAAGACCUACCCUUGCUGGCCUUCAAGGGAACUCGUCGUGCAUUCUUCCCAGAGCAACCCUGGGCACCGCUGACGCAUGCGAUUUGCGGAUUGUUGGUCUUUGGGGUCUUCCCAUUGAUCUUAGAGCUUUGUGUCGAGCGGUUCUUUGCCUUCCCCGACCUGGUGGAACUGACGCUUGGAGGUUUACGUGCGGAAGAGAUUGAUUCCCGGGUGACUUUGUGGCCCUUUGUUGGGUUGCGCUUGCGCGCAUGUCUCGAGCUCCGCACGCUCUUGAACCCCAAGCCCUGGCCCAAGAAGUAUGUUUUCCUCGGUGCAGAUGUCCCAGCGAAGCUCCAGGUGGGCUUUGAGACCGGAUUGGCGAUGAUUGGCGCUUGGGAAGGGGGUGUGCUUCAUUUUGGCCCGGAAGGGUGCAGUUACAAUAUUGAGUGUGGCUGGGACGACUUGGGCGGCGUAGCUCUUGCUCGAAAGAUUUUGCUUUUCGAUCAGCCAGUGGAUGUGGAUGUCCCACACCAUCUUGCCAGCAAUUGUACGCUCAGCUUGUUGGGCUUCAGCAGUCAGGCGGUGACCAAUGCUUGCAUUUGGGAACCUUGUGCCAUCGAAAACUCCACGUUUCGUGAUGGCAACUGCACUUGCAUGGAUGGCUUUGUAGGGCAGAUCACCUGGGAAAGCAGCAAGUGGAGUGGAUGGUGCCGCGUAGGCGGCAUCACAUGGAACGAGUCCACGCCCGUUGGCACCUGCGAGCCUGCAUCAUGCGAAGGAGACAAGCUGAAUGGACUGCCUGGUUGCGCUUGCGCAGAUGGUUACACCGGUCAUGUACGACCAAUCGCGAGGAAAGCGCAUGGCCGCUGGCCGACUUUGGCGUUGGAUGGCGAGUGUGAACCAGCACCAUGCAACAUGAAGAACUCCAACAACAUCUCGGGCCCUGAGUGCGGAUGUGCUGAUGGUUUCAUAUUCAAUGGAAGUGGCCCAGUGUGGAACGGAUCUGUGCUGCAGGGCAGUUGCGAAGCUGCUCCGUGCAACAUCGCCAACUCCAAUAGGAAGCCAGGAGCUCAGUGCGCGUGCGCCUUCGCUUUUGAAGGCGACAUCACCUGGCGUCUCCACCAUGCUUCAGGAGAAUGCAGGCCACUCCGUUGUGUGGGCAACAAUGUGAAUGGUGUCGAUGGUCCAGGAUGCGGCUGCAAGGAUGGUUGUGUCGGAACAGUUCAUGUGAAGAGACAAGUGAAUCAGACGUGGGACGAUUGGGACGAGAAACUGUUGAGCGAAGUGUUUUAUGAUGCCUUGGAAGGAAGAUGUGAGCCUGCACCUUGCGACAUUGAAAACUCCAAUCAUGAGUUUGGCCAAGCUUGCCGAUGCCGAGCAGGCUAUUACGGCGCAAUCACUUGGAAUGGAUCUAUGCCCGAUGGCCGAUGCAAACCAGCACCGUGCUACAUCCCAAAUUCCAACCAGGAGAGCGGCUUGAGCUGCAGGUGCAAAUGGAUGUUCUCAAGGCCAGAUGAAGAAGAGUAUGAUCAGUACCGCGGGCAAGAAGAUGGUGCUUGGUAUGAAGAUGAUUAUUUUUAUGACGACCAUGACUCUUAUGCAUAUGACGAUGUGACACAGCUCUACUCUGAGGUGGUCCCGGCACUUCCCAUGGAAUGCUCCGAUCAGGCACCAGUGGCAAGAUGCAAUGCAAAGUUCCACUACAUCAUCACCAGCAAGAGGGCGUUUCAGUACACUUGUGCUGACGGAGUUGAGACCCUGCAGAGCACUCCGGAAGCUGUUCAGUUUCGUGCUCACCAGUGUGGGUAUGACCUAAUCCAGUGGGAAGCUGCAGUCAUUUUGAAGGAGCCAGGACCACAUCCAUCAUUGCAAAUCCCAACCUGUGGGAUCAAAGGCCAAGACGGACGAGCAUCGCUUCAGUGUGGCGAGGUUCCAGAUGGUGAGCUGUUACCAGGUGGGUGUUUACACAUGCGGGAACCUGCUGUUUUCAAGUUUGAAGUCCACAAGGAUGUUGAUGUGGAGGGCAAACUUGUACUAGAUCAAUGGGAAACAUGGUCGCAGCUGUACGUUGUGAAGUUCUUUGACAACGGCUGGUCUGCUAUUCACAGCCCGAAGCUCAGUCACGAUGAGACAGUAUCAUCCAACUGGAGCACCUCGUUUUGGUGGACUGACGGAAAGUACUUCUCUAUGAAUUUGCCUGGUUGGACAGGCUCAUUGGAAGAGGGCCGAGCUGCUCGGGCCAAUGACAUCAACAUCGACGAGCUGGCUGGCUGCAAGCUGACGCACUAUCAGAAUGGCACUUGCUACCAGGUUGUUGUCAGCAGCACCGUGCAUAUCUUCCAGUCGGAGGAGGGUGCAUGUCCAAGAGCAUGGGGACGGAUGGAGGAUGCCAUGGAGGAUGCUGAGGAUGAAUUCUACAAAUUUGCCUACUCUUCCUUUGGAACUCAGACAUAUGAAAAUCCCACCACACACUUCGGCGAAGUUGCCUGCUCGCCCUUUGCUAUGCGCCGGCAGCUCCAGCUUGAAAUUCAAGAAGUGCACAACGGUACACUCUCAGGGGCGGUGGUGGUUGCCGACAUGGAGACACCCUGCCGUAAAGUCCUUCGCUUCGUCAUGGACGCCAGUCGUUUCCUCCUUUGUCAGCACAUUAUGGACGAGGAAUGGGAGGCAUUGUCUCAUGUCCUUGUGUGGGUGGAAGCUCGCUUGGUGGCUGAGGGCUCCGUGGCCCGCGGAAUGCAGCAGAGGGAGAGAGAGAGAGGCGUGAAGUUCAUUGUUGUCCUUUCGCCCGACUGCUUCAACCUUGCUGGGGCAGUCCGCGCUAUCGAUGACGCCACCGACUUGGACGUGCAAGAUGCAGUUUGGAUGCCAGGACAUCAAGUAGAGGAAGACUGUUUGAGCACGUGGGGCGACACCUUCUUGGGACUAAAGCGCAUCUUGUGGCCCUUGGACUGGGUAUGGCUAUGUUUGUCCGGAGUGCUGGCGGUCGGCAUUUUGCUGUGGAUGCCCUCGGCGCUUCGCGUGGAUGGCGUCGGCUCAGGCUUUCAAGAUGCCAACUUGAAGCCUUGUGCCUGGUACAGAGCGGUGGUCCAAUCACUCACGAGCCAUGCAGCUGGCAUAGUUGCCUUCUGCGGCUUUCAGUACUUGGUGGUCACCAAGAUCUUGAUGACGAGCGAUCCCUGCGAGCCCUUCUCGCUCCCGAACAUCUUGCUGUGCGUCACGUUGUUUCUCUCCACCAUUGCCGUCUUUGCCAGUGGCCUGUUCCUUUGUGUGGACUAUUUGCGUCGCUUGGCCAUUCUGACCGCUCAACAGAAGGGCUGCCGAUUGACGCUGGAAGCCAGGGUCAUGGAGAAGACAGGGCUCGGCCGCGCGAUCCUGGUGCUAACGGGCUUGAUGACGCUUCUCUACUUUCUCGAAAUCUCACGGGAGGCUUACUAUGAUGAAAAAGAUGAUGUCCUUUGGUAUUUGGGGGUUCUCCUUCAAUCUGCUGGAGGCUGUGGCACCGUGGCGUUGUCCUACACCAACCUACGCGCCUUGCACCGAUCACCUAAGGUGCCGUAUGACAGCGCUUGCCGUCGGGCACGGCAGGAUAAGACCCUUGAAGAGUUCUUGCAGGAGCAGUCGGGCCAGACGGCCUCAUGGUUGCCAGCUUGGGUGGUGAAGGGCUUGCAGAGCUUUGGUGGAGACGAUUUGGCCUUGGUGGCGGCGCAUGGAAGUCGUCAGGCAUUCUUUCCCCAAGAGCGCUUCCUGCCGCUGCUGCACGUCCUGGCCGCAUUGCUUUUGAUCGGGUGUUUUCCUUUGGGUGUUUACGUGGUCAUGGGGCAGCUCUUUGUGGCGCCAAGGCUCAAUGACUUGAAAGGCUUGACUGGAAGCUUGACCGAAGUGUCGUACUUUGACCAAAGUGAUGCAUCAGGAUGGCAGCUCUUAGGAAGUUCCAACAGCUCCGGUGGCAGUGUGGUACGACAGUUCGUGUUGCUCAUGGAUGCCAACACGGAGAAGAUCCAAGUGACGCCGCAGUACCAACGUGUCUCGAGCCUCAGGCUGUGCUGCGGCAGCUGCAGCACGCAAAAGUUGAACCACUCGCUGGUGAAAUUUCACGACAAGCCUGUGCAGUUCGAUGUGAAAAGGGGCACCUCAAAGACGUGCACUCUGAGUUUGUUGGGCCUCAGCAGUGGUGUGAUGACGAAUGUGUCCUUCUAUUUGGCGCCCAAGAAGGAUCUUCACCUCUGCGACUGCCAGGGAAGAGUGUGCAAAUGCUGCGAGGGGUAUCGAGGUGAAUGGGACUUCCGUGAGUGGAACGACACCACAUUUGCAAAAUUGGACGGCAAACUAUGUGUUGGCGCGCCAUGUGUGGGAGAGAAGCUGAAUGGACUACCUGGCCCUGAGUGCCAGUGCAAAGACAGCUACUUCGGCCAACCCAAGCUGAUCGGACAUGCCUAUACCGAUGCUGGUUGCAAUGCAGCCCCAUGCAACCUGGCCAACUCCAAUCAGUUGCCCGGUACAAGGUGCGCUUGUGCCAGUGGAUUUGUCGGCAAUAUCAGCUGGAACGGGGCAACUCCCAGUGGAUAUUGCAGCCCGGCAGAGUGCCGAGUCGUGAACUCCACCCAGGCACCAGGGCACCAAUGCCGAUGCUCGAAUGGCUUCAAUGGCAGCAUCACCUGGGAUGGCCCUGAAGCAACUGGAAACUGUACAGCGGCACGCUGUGAUGUGCCGCAUUCCAACAAAGAGCCCGGGCUGAGUUGCGAAUGCGGAGACAAGUAUGUCGCUUGA